AUGGAAAAAUUAUUUACACCAACAGCGAUAAGAGGAGGACAGCCAGAAUUUCAACCAAAUGAAAAUAUAAUUAUUAGAGUCGAUAAUGUAACAAUUUAUGAUGGGGAUAAAAAAAGUCAAUACCUGGCAGGUGUAGUUUUUUUAACACCAUCUAGAGUUAUAUGGAGUAACCUUAGAGAUAUAGCAUUGUCUUUACAUCAUCAAAUUGUCUUAAAUGUUGAAAUAAUCAAUAACGGAUUUAUUCAAAUUAACUCAAGCCCAAAAAUUUUAAUAACAUUAGUACAGAGAUCAUUUAGAUUAUCAUUUCAUGCAGGUAAAAGAGAUGAGUUUUUUAAAGCAUAUCAAAGUGCUUUGGUACAAUUUAGACAACAAAAAGAUCAGCAAAAUAAAUCAAAUAUAAAUAUGACAUCACCACCAUCUUAUCAGCAACACCAGCAACAGCAACAACAACAACAACAACAAAACCCAUUCGUAACAAACCAAUACCAACAAUAUCAACCACCACAGAAUCAAAUGCAACAAAAUAAUAGCUAUAGCCCAUACGGGGGUAAUCAAUAUCAAUCGCCAAUGCCACCACCACAACAACCACAGCUUCCAUCUUAUAUGUUAAAUAGCAUUAAUAAUAAUUCACCAUCAGCAAAUAAUUAUCCAUACCAACAAUAUCAACCAUCUUAUUUGCAACAACAACAGCAACAAAUACCACAAUAUCAACAAAAUCAAUCACCACCAAACUAUGCAUUACAUAUGCAACAACACCAAUCAUCAUCACCUCCUUUACAUGUAAAUAUUAAUAACCAGUUUCCACCAUCAUACCAAGCAUCAGUUCAGCAACGAUCAUCAAUAUACGGAGCUCCAACAGCUUCACCAACAACACCAAAUCAAAAUUUACAAAACUUUAUUAAUCAACCAAACACUUCAAGUACUAAUAGUAUAAGGGGAAAUGAUAAUGGAUUUACAUCUAAUGCUGGUAUUGGAGGUAUUCUAAAGCAAAUGAAUAAAAAAACCGAGGAAAAUGAUAAGCUAUUAACUGAGGCAUUUUCAGAUUUAAAUGCUUUAAUGGAAAAGGCAAAAGACAUGGUUACACUAUCAGAAAAAUUAAAAAUAACAUUGGAUAAAAAAACAAAUAGUGCAACAUCUACUGGCGAUACAAGCGAAGAGGAAGAGUUUAGAUCUUUUUUAAUGCAAAUGGGUAUAGAAAGUCCUGUAACAAAAAAGUCAGCAAAAUCAAAAUAUCAUAUAGAAUUAUCAAAACAAUUAUCAGAGUGGAUAAUAAAUAAAAAUAUAUUAAAGCAAAGCACAAACAGUAGUAAUAGUAAUAAUGGAAUGAUAACAUUAUCAGAUUUGUAUUGUAUUUUUAAUAGAGCCAGAGGCAUAGAAUUAAUUUCACCAGAUGAUUUAUAUAGAGCAUGCUUAUUAUUCGAAUCAUUAGACUUACCAUUACGUUUACGAAAAUUUGAUAGUGGUGUAAUAGUAGUACAAUCCAAGGACGAGAACGAUCAACAAGUAGGCAAAGAAAUUUUAAAUAUUAUUAAAGAUCAUGGCCCAAUCUCAGCUUUCGAUUUAUCAAAGAUACAAUCAAUCUCUUUAAAUUUAGCAAAAGAACAGUUAUUUAAUAGUGAAAAAAUUGGAAUAUUAUGUAGAGAUGAAACUUUACAAGGUAUAUUAUUUCAUGAUAAUAUAUUUAUAAUAUAA